ACGGUCGAGGCGACGGCUGAGGCGACGGUGGCGGCUCAGGCAGCGCCGCGGUCAUCCUCGCCGGGGUCCUCGCGCGCCAUAAGAGCGCGCGGCGGAAGUCCCGCCCUCUCUUUGGCUGGCGGCUCGGGGAGGCAGCGGGCAGGAAGCCGGGCGGGAGCGGCCCCCACCGAGAGCGCCAUGGCCGAGGAAGGCAUUACUGCUGGAGGUGUAAUGGAUGUUAACACCGCCCUGCAAGAAGUGCUGAAGACCGCACUUAUCCAUGAUGGCCUAGCUCGUGGUAUUCGCGAAGCAGCCAAAGCCUUGGACAAACGCCAAGCCCAUCUCUGUGUUCUGGCUUCAAAUUGUGAUGAACCCAUGUACGUAAAGUUAGUUGAAGCACUUUGUGCAGAACACCAGAUCAACUUAAUAAAGGUUGAUGACAACAAAAAACUGGGUGAAUGGGUAGGUCUCUGCAAGAUCGACAGAGAAGGAAAACCUCGCAAAGUAGUGGGCUGCAGUUGUGUGGUUGUCAAAGACUAUGGCAAGGAAUCUCAGGCCAAAGAUGUCAUCGAAGAGUACUUCAAGUGCAAGAAAUGAAUGAAAAAUAAAUAUUGAGCCUGA